AUGGCGAACAUUGAAAAAAUUGCGCAUCAUGCCAGCACCGAAACCGUCCUGGCGGAUAACUCCGAUGCUUCAAUACUCACAGCCACGAGACGACGGCUGGUUCAAAAAACCGAUCUUAUUGUGAUGCCUGGUCUCGCUCUGGCAUACUUCACUCAUACGCUUGACCGUGCUAACCUCGGCAAUGCAAAAACUGAUGGGAUAGAGAAGGAUCUUGGGUUGGUUGGCAACCAAUUCAACUUGCUUCUCAUCUUGUUCUAUGUCCCUUACUCCGUAAUGAACAUCCCUUGGACCAUUGCAGCUAAGCGUUUCAACCCGGCUGUGGUGAUGCCAAUCAUCAUUGCUUUAUGGGGAAUUUGUACUCUGGGUGCUGCAACAACUAAGAAUUUUAGCCAAAUACUUGCCUGCCGUAUUCUAAUGGGUACGGUCGAAGCUGCUUUCUUGCCAUGCGCAGUUUAUUACUGCUCCUUGUUUUAUACGAGAAGAGAGCUCGCGCUUAGGACAUCCAUCUUCUUCCAGAUGGGAUUCAUUGCUGGAGCGGUCAGCGGUUUGAUAUCUUGGAGUGUGUUCCGGUGGAAUGGGUCUUUGAAGGGGUGGCAAUAUCUCUUCAUUAUUGAGGGUGCAUUGACAAUUGGCAUCUCUAUCUUGUUACUCUUCGCUCUCCCUAGGAGUGUACGAAAAUGUCGAUGGUUUUCUGAAGAGGAAAAAAAGAUUGCGGUUGCUCGUCUCGAAGAGGACUCACAUGAUGAAGAUAAAAUAUUUCGCUGGUCGGAUGUGAAGGAACAACUUCAACAUGGACCAACAUGGGCUUUCGCUUUCCUUGCACUUAUGCAUGGAGUUGGGCUAGCAAGUAGUUCAAAUUUCUUGCCCACACUUAUUAAGCGACUGACGGUCGAUUCUACAACAGCCAAUCUCUAUACGAUAGGUCCGAACCUAACCGCGUCUGUAGUGUUACUCACUACAACGUAUUUCUCUGAUCGAUUUCAACAGCGCGCCUAUGCGGCAUGCGGCACCUUGUUCGUCUCUUUAGUUGCUUGGGUCUUACUUGGCUGCCUCGACCUUGUCAAUAGUGUGAAGGUGGGAUAUUUCCUCACAUACCUAAUCACAUUUGGGACUUUCACACCUGGCCUUCUUGUGCCUGUCUGGCUAUCAUCAAACAUGCCGACAACAACGGGACGCGCCGUAGCUCUCGGCUUAAGUUAUAUGGCACAGAAUUUAGCCGGCGUGGUAAGCUCGUUGGUGUUUCGCAACCAAGAUGCACCAGUUUACAAGCCUGCGUUGAUCACGGUAGCUUGCUGUCAGGGCGUUUUCAUCGUUGCAUGCCUUGCUCUAAGGAGAUACUACUCCCAACUAAAUCAGAAGAUUGGUUUAGGUGGCGCUUCUUUUGCUGACAGAACGGAUAAAAGACCUACAUAUAGAUACGCAGUAUAAAAAAAAAGCCAUGGGGGGAAGGCGUCCCUGAAGGGACACUGGAAAAGGGCGGGUGUUCCUGCUACAGUGUGAAUCAGAACAUAAUCUUCGGUUAAACCACGAUAAAAGAACCAAUCAAGGUCAACUAGGAUCGUUGUGGAGUUCACUAAUCUUUCCUAAUAAAAUUCGGAUCCAUAUUUUGAUUGGUUGGAGCUCAAGCUUCACAGUAUCAAAACACUGUAGAAGUACCGUAUUUACCUAGGUACGUUUUGACGCGCUCGAACGAACAAUCCAUUAGGAACUAGGCAGCCGACACAUUGCAUUCUAGAAGGUCCUCAACCAGAAUGGUUCGUAGGUUUCUUCGUAUCUCGAGGGCUCUAUAAUGUGUCAGUACAGUAUUGCGUUAUGAAAUUACUCAAGAACCACGUUUUCAAGCCUAGAUAAAUGAGUCUAGAGUCUAGACUACUGUUCCUCUGUUCGUACGUGAGUCAAUUAGCUGGGCUUUAAUGGAAGGCAAUGAAAGAA